AUGGCCGCCGCUCAGAAAUUUGCAAUCACGCUGCUCGGUCUGUGUCUGCUGUGCGAUUUGGCGCUCUGCCAGCAGCAGGCCAGCAAUGACUCGGACAUCACUGAGAGCCGCACGUUCGGCCAUCAUUUCCUGCGUCGCAUUAGCUUUGCCCUGGUGCCUGGCGCGUUUGUUGUGGGCGUGAUCACCACUUUGCUGGCCGCCUUGACCGUGGUCUCGAUGAAGGGUCUGGGCGUGGGCGUCAUCUUGCUGGUGCUGGCCAUUGGCCAGAUGCUCUCGCGUGCUCUGCCCGUCCAGGCAGCCGCUGCCUAUGCCGCCGCUCCAGCACCCGUGCCCGUCAUCUACUCGCAUUCGCACAGUCAGCAGCCCGUGUGGCUGGAGAAGGAGUGGUAA